AUGUGUGCAUUAACUUUGCCUGGGAACCCAAAUCGGACCGCUUCGUUACCAUCAGUAGAUUGGAUGAUGGCAACAAUAACCCAGCCAUUGCUAAAAACUACCGUUUCCUUCUUUUCCUCUGAGCGUGGCUCCAAGGACAAGGCUGUCAAGUUCAAGAAGAUCAGCAGCAUUGAGAAGAAAUUCUCGAACACUCUUUUCUGGUCUCCUAAGGGUAGAUACAUUGUUGUUGCCACCAUUGGCAAAUCGAGUGGUGAAUUGGAAUUCUUUGACACUGAGUACGAGAAUGAAAAGAACCCUAAGAAGACCGAGGUUAAGUUGUUGAAGACCGAAAAGUUCUCCGGUAUGACCAAUAUCUCCUGGGAUCCAUCUGGCCGCUUCGUUGCCGCCUGGUCUUCAUCUUGGGUGCAUGCCAUAGAAAACGGCUACAAAUUGUACGAGUUUACAGGUAACUUGUUGAGAGAUGAUUCCAUUGAUCAGUUCAAGGACUUCAUCUGGAGACCUAGACCAAAGUCCUUGCUCACAGAAGACGACAUUAAGAAGGUCAAGAAGAGCUUCCGUGAGUACAGCGCCCAAUUCGACGAAAUCGAUGCCAUGGAGGCAGAUGCUGCCACUAGAGAAGCCCAUCUUGUUGCGUCGUAA